UAGCGCGCGGCACCGGCCGGCGCCUCCCUCGACUCCGGUGACCGCCUCUCUCCUCCCCGCCGGACUCAUCGUUCUAGAAUUCACCGCGCAGCUGCCUCAGCAGCAAGGAGGAGACUCAGUUGACUACCUAGCCCAGUCCAGUCAUGCAAGUACAGGAAUAUGGAGACAACCUCAUCCCCUUUGCCAAGUGUUCCAGGGUGGUCAGCCGAUCUCCAUCGCCCAGCUUACCUUCCCAGAGCCUUGUACCCAGGGUUCUGGAGAUGUCCCAGCGUUACGGAGAUGUCUUCUGGGAGAACCUUAGUCAAAGGCCCAGUCCCACCUGGAUGGAGGAAAAGUACAUUCCGCCCACGCUGAGAGCCACUGGUUGCUCUCAGCCUGGCCUGUACCCCCCGGAAGGACUUCUACCCCCUGAGGUGCUCUGCAGAAGAAAGAGAAAGAGGCCACAAUUGGAGCGAAUGCAGCACGGACCUGGGAGCAUCCCUGCCCGGGUCAGGGCUGUCACUUAUCAUCUGGAGGACAUAAGGAAGCGUCAGAGAACCAUCAAUGAGCUGAAGAAGGGCCAGUGGGGCAGCUCUGGGGCUGCAUCCGAGCCCCUGGUGCUGGAAGAAGAGGACUGUGGAUUCCCCAGCACCGCGGGAUACUCUGAACUGGAAGAGGACCACGGCCUCGCUCCUGACAGUGCCCAGCUGCUUUGGUCUCCCUGGAGCCCCCUGGGCCAGGAGGUGUCCUGCUCCUCCAGGCAGUGGAGCUCUCUGGCCCCCUUCAGCGCUGCCACAGCCAGGAGGGACCCCUUUAGCCGCCCCUGGGGGAUGGAGCUGGAGUCUGAGGAGUAAGCCGAAAGCACCUGUGCCCAGGAUGCUGGUGCUGCCUGCGGCCCAGGCCCAGGUCACCGCGAUCGCCUCCGCGGCCAGCACGGAGCCCUGUCCCGUCCUCUGAGCCAUUCACGCCCACGGCCCCCUGCCCUGCCCACGGAAACGCCCCGAGCCCCACGUUCUCUCUGUUGCGUUAUUAAAGAGCAAGCA